CUCUCGUGUUUGUGUGUCUCUGGAUUCGUUGUAGACCACCACCCUACUGCUAUAUACACUUUCACUAUCACUACCUUUACUACUGCUGCUACUUAUACUGCUGCUGCUGUGAUGAGAUUCGUUUCGAUCGUAGCGACGCUGGCGGCGGUGACCGUUCCCACAACGUCCUUUUCCGUGACACCGUCCGGAGUCGGGAAUCGUCUCCGACUGCGUCCCGCCGUCGUCGCGACGUCGUCAGCGUUGGCCGUGGCGGCCGACCUGGGAGAAAUCCGUAAACGCACACGCGAGGAACGUCUGGAAGCCGCUUCCAAGGGAUUGCAGGUACACUGUGUGGGUCUUAGCAUUCACCACGCAUCGGUGGAAGUCCGCGAAAAGCUCGCCAUUGCCGAAGCCGACUGGAACGCCGCUUCGAACCAAAUAUGUGAGGAUGGCGUUGUCGCCGAGGCCGCCGUACUCUCCACCUGCAACCGAUUCGAAGUCUACUACGCCGCCACCGACCCCCGCGCCGCCAUGGCACACGUCACCUCAUACCUCGCUAACCGAUCCGGACUGCCCGUAUCCGUACUGCGACAGAACUUGUUCAUGCUCAGUGGCGACGACGCCGUAUGGCACGUCAUGCGGGUUGCCGGAGGACUCGACAGUUUGAUCGUCGGAGAAGGACAGAUUCUCUCGCAAGUCCGACAGUGCUACCUGCAUUCCGUAGAAGACGAUGGAUGCGGUGGAAAAGUUCUCGCACGACUGUUGAACAACGCACUCGCCGCCGGCAAACGCGUCCGCUCCGAAACCGCCAUUGCCAAAGGAUCCGUCAGUAUUAGUUCCGCCGCCGUUGAGCUUUCCGAAAUGCUUUCGCAACAAGAUUUGCAGUUGCCCUUUUCCGAAGCGCGCUUGGCCGUCGUGGGCGCCGGAAAAAUGACCCGACUCCUCGUCACCCAUCUGGCCUCCCGUGGACUCGAACGUAUCACCAUUGUCAACCGCAGUCUGGGACGACCGCAGGAACUACAGGAACAGUUCCCCGACGUGGACAUUGAAGUCAAACUCAUGGAAGAUCUAUGGGACGUCGUGGGCCGCUCCGAUAUCGUAUACACGGCCACGUCGGCCGUGGAUUACGUCAUUGACGAACAGAAACUCGAAGCCAACGGUUUGGUCGGGGGACACCCACUCAUGUUGGUGGACAUUGCCGUCCCCCGCAACGUCGGGGAUGAUUGUAAAGUGCUUCCCAACGUGGCCGCGUACAAUGUUGACGACCUCAAGGCCGUGGUGGCCAAGAAUACGGCCAUGCGCCAACGCGAAAUGCUCGAGGCCGAGGACCUCCUCCGCGAAGAAACGGACGCCUUUGUUACCUGGCGCGAGAGUCUAUCCGCCAUUCCCACCAUUAACCAGUUGCAGGAACGCGCCAACGCCUUUCGCGAAGAAGAACUCAAACGCUGCACCCGCAAACUGUCCGGCGCCAAUCUCAGCGAAAAGGAACUCGAAGCGGUCGAGCGACUGUCACGGGGUAUCGUCAACAAGCUCCUGCACGGACCCAUGGCGCAUUUGCGCAAAACGGAAUCCGUCGAAGGCAAACAGGCUACCUUGAAGGAAUUGAGUGCCAUGUUUCGAUUAGAAGAAGAAGAAGCCGCGAACAAUGGACGAAGACGCCGACGAUCCUAAACACGGACGACACACACACACACUCUCUCUCUCGAGCCCUCUUGUUCGACACACACGCGCAAUCUUUUUUUGAAUACCAUCUCUUACGAUAUAGCUUGCCCCAUUGUUAUUUU